AUGUCUGUUCAUAAUUUUGUUGAAAAUAUCAGACCCAACAAUUACACCACGUACAAUCCCACUGUUGUAUCUCAACCAACAACUCAAGUAUCUGGAGAACAUAGUGGUGAUUCUUCUUUGAAUUCUCAAAACAUUUCACCAACAGAACAACAAUCUUAUGAUCAAAACCAAAAUCAAAAUCAAAAUCAAACCCAGCACCCUUAUCGAUAUCAUGAUCAGCAAAGUUUAAUGCAAGAACAUCACCAUUUCAAUGGAUACUUUUCUACUGUUUCCAAUAAUGGAUUUUUACCGCUGCAAAGUAGUACUUCAGUAAAUUUUGCAAAUAUGCAACAAUUUGGAAAUUCAAACCAUGUUACAAACUCACAAAUUCAAGGAGACUAUUUUAUAAAUACCGAUUCUUCUAAAAGUUUAUCGUUGAGUAAGAGCUCACCAAAGAAGGCCCUAAGACCUCGUCACCUGAGACAAUCAUCUUCAAAUACCCAAUCUCCAGAAGUGGAAUAUACUAAAACAAGAAGACCAAAGAUUCAAACUGUUCAGUGGGAUGAAGAAGGAACAUUAUGUUAUCAAGUCAAGGCAAAUAACGUUUUGGUUUCCAGACGUGAAGAUGAUGAUUAUAUCAAUGGAACCAAAUUAUUAAAUGCAACCUCUAUGACUAGAGGUAAGCGCGAUGGGAUUCUUAAAAACGAAAAGAGUAAAGAAGGCAAGGUUGUGAAGGUGGGAUCAAUGUCGUUAAAAGGAAUUUGGAUUCCUUUUGAAAGGGCAUUGGAAUUAGCUAGAAAUGAAGGUGUUGAUAAAUUACUUCAUCCCUUAUUUGUUAAAGAUUUGAAGACUUUUUUCAAUAAACAAGGAGGUAAGGAUUUGGAAAAUAGCGAUGAAGAAGGUGAUUCAAAUGAAGAUGAAGCCAAAAGUUCAUCUUAUGACGUUGCAAAUGAUGAUCCACAUGAUGAUGAACUUUCAACUACCGGGUUUGAAUCGAACUACCCGGACCAACACGGAUUGAACUCACUUAACCAAAGAGGUUUGAAUUCCUCUGACUUUAAAACUAACAUGCUGAUGCUAUUUCCUAAUGACAGUUAUGUGGUGGACCACACCGGUAACUGA